AUGGAUCUUCCCGACGAGUUGGUGGUGGACAUCCUCGGCCGCCUGCGGCCAAGGGACGUCGCCGUGUGCCGUUGCGUACGCAAGGACUGGCGCACAGCCAUCGACUUACACGGGUUACUGCUUCUUCCAGUGGGUCCCGUGCGAGGUCUCUUCGUCAACUACAUUUAUAAAUGGAGGAACGGCUUCUUCUCCCGAGUUGCGCCGGCGCAGGGGAGCCCAUCCAUCGACGGCGGGCUCCAUUUCCUGCCUGGCCGGCCGACAAAUUACCGGGGUGUCCUGGAUCACAGCAACGGCCUCCUCCUCUACGAGAACGCGCUGGAGAUGCAUGUGUGCAACCCCGCGACACGACGUUGGGCGGCGCUGCCCCCGCCGCGUGUGCCGCCCAUCUGCCUCCGCCAGCCUCUCUACCGCCGUCGUAUGUACCUCUUGUUCGAUCCAACCAGGACGCUGCACUAUGACGUCUUGUUCCUCCCCGAUGCGCCAAAGAAACCUAAUUACGUUGGUACCACUCUCCCCGAGGAUCAGCCGGGGUCGUCGUCUUCAGAAACACAUUACGAGCAUGAGUAUAACACCACCAGCUCGAUGGAGUGGCCACCAUACUUGUACCCCGUGCAAAUCUACUCGUCAAUAACCGGGCAGUGGGCUGACAGAACUUUUGUCCGAGAAGGCAAUGUGACGGGUACCAUGAUGGACGUUUGGUCAGAUCCAACGCCACCAACUAGUGGUUUCAACGCGGUUCGACGCCAUGGCGUGCACUGGCGAGGAGCGCUCUACGUCCACUGUCGCGGUUUUUUUGUUAUGAGGUUGUCAUUAGUGGAGGAGAAUUAUCGAGUGAUCAAAACCCCAAGACUACAUGUAGCCGAGUACAACGAAGAAGACGACGAUGCUAAAACCUUUGGAUAUCUCGGAAAAUCCAACAAUAGGGUAUACUACACCGCCAUUCGUGGGUACCAAUUUCAGGUAUGGAUAUUGCGUGAAGCAUCAGGGCUACAUCAAGCACCGGAGUGGGAGGUGAAGCACCAAGCUAACCUCAAGCUUGCAUUUGUGCGGCACUACAACAAACACAAGAUAGGAGAAAAUAGUGCCACUUGGGUUUUGAACCCUCGCGACAAAGUAUCAGAGGACAGAAAAGAACAUGAAUGGGACUCUAGUGAUGAUAGUGAAGAUAAUGUUGCUGAUAUGGAAGAAGAGGAGAUCAACAACCUCGAGGGCUACAAAAAGCACUAUCACUACUACGGCCUAGACCUGUUAGGUUACCAUCCUCACAAGGAGAUUGCACUUUUAGGCAACAGUUUCAAAGGUUUUGCCUACUACCUAGACAACUCAAAAUUAGAGUAUUUGGGAUCACUUUUCCCAAGUUUUAGUCUAGAUAUCCGUCCCCGUGCACCCAUGUUCGAGUCAUUCAUCUACACUCCUUGUAUGGAUGAUUUGCUUCCGGCUCACAAUGAUAUUUAG